CUGCCUUGCCCAGGUUGGAGGCCGCGAGCACGGCGGUCCGCGCGGAGCCAUGUCCUUCUGCAGCUUCUUCGGGGGCGAGGUCUUCCAGAACCACUUUGAGCCGGGUGUCUAUGCGUGUGCCAAGUGUGGCUAUGAGCUGUUCUCCAGCCGCUCAAAGUAUGCACACUCAUCCCCAUGGCCAGCAUUCACCGAGACCAUCCAUGCUGACAGUGUGGCCAAGCGUCCAGAGCAUAAUCGACCUGAAGCCUUAAAGGUGUCCUGUGGCAAGUGUGGCAAUGGGCUGGGCCACGAGUUCCUGAAUGACGGCCCCAAGCGGGGGCAGUCCCGAUUCUGAAUAUUUAGCAGUUCCCUGAAGUUCAUCCCUAAAGGCAAAGAAACUUCUGCCUCCCAGGGGCACUAGGCAGGCAGCCCACACCCACCCCAGAUAAACACAGCAUGGCGGCCAUGCUCUGGCCAUCCCACCUUGAACUGGAACCAUGGACAUUCAGACAGACAGGUGGGGCAGGGGCGGCUGAGACAUCGGGAAGGCUACCAAGGCUUUGGUUAUGAACGGGAUCUUUUUGGAAAAAGUUUAUUUGCUGAUAGUCCAUCCCUUUCUGUCAAGACAGGCCUGGGGGACAGGGGCCGAGCUGUUGGUCGUCUUAGCCUCCCACUCACAGAGGCAGUCUCCAGAGGGUGGGCUUUGGGCUUAGCUCAUCUUUGAAUGAUGUUACACCCCCACCUUCUCUUCACUCUAGCCCGCUGUCCCCUCCCUGUAUGUCUGGACUCACCCAUGUGGGGCCCAGUUCCAAGGUGGUCUCUGGUCCUCGCCAAAGCCUGCGCCUGUCUCCCCCAAACUGUGCUAGGAAACAACAUAAAUGGAGGUGGCCCUGGCCAGCCGCUCCAGCCCUUGUCACUGCAUGAUCCGCUCUGGUGAAACCCUUCCAGGCCAGCCAGGGUAGUGAUGGUCUGUGACCCGCUGGGGAGCAGGCCAACGGGACAGACCCUUGGUCUCUCGUCUGUGAGAGCAGAAACCCUGACCCAGUUCCACAAUCUGUGCAGG